GGAACUGUCCACAAGAGAUCAGGGAUAAGCUAGAGAGAACUGGAGGCUGCUAUAAAACAAAAGAGGGUGAAGGCAGAGAGCCUGUGGAGUCGCUAGCCUCUUGCAGGGAGGAUUCCUUCGCAAGGUGCCAUGCGAUGCUUCCUGAGGCGUUCACUUAUAGCAGCCACUUUUCUCCUUGUGUUUCUUCUCUUUAUCAGUCUGGCUGUUUGGACCCCAAAGGACCUUGAGAUGGAGGAAGCCCAGAAAUGGGCCCAGGGUAUUGGGCUACAGCAACUUCAAGCUGACUGGAACCUGCGUAGCCUUCAAAAUCUGACUAAUACUACCAACAUCUUGAGUAUCUCUUAUAAUUAUCUUGCUGGCAUUCCCCUGCUUCGCAAAAAGUUGCUAACUGUAGGGCUGUGUUCUGUUAAACGGAAGAAAGGGAACUACCUUCUGGAGACACUGAGGUCCAUCUUUGAACAGUCAACACAUGAAGAGCUGAAUGAGAUGGUGGUAGUGGUGCAUCUAGCUGAUCCAGACCAAGAGUGGAACGUUCAAGUUGUGUCAAAUAUUGUCAAGAGAUUUGCUUAUCAACUUCUGCUGGGCCGCCUACUAGUUAUCCAUGCCCCUCAUGAGUACUACCCUUCCUUAGAAGGCUUAAAACAGAACUUCAAUGAUGCUAAAGAUCGUGUGAAAUUCAGAUCAAAGCAGAACGUGGAUUACGCCUACCUCAUGAACUUUGCAGCCAACCUGUCUACCUAUUACCUCAUGAUUGAGGAUGAUGUCCGCUGUGCCAAAAACUUUUUCUCAGCCAUCAGAAGGGUGUUGGAAUCUCAGAAGGGUACUUACUGGGUUACCUUGGAGUUCUCCAAGCUUGGCUACAUCGGCAAGCUCUACCACUCCAGUGAUCUUCCCCAGCUUUCUCGCUUCCUCUUGCUCUUUUACCAAGAAAUGCCGUGUGACUGGCUUCUUGGACACUUUCGACUUCUGCUUACCCAAAAGGAAGUGAUUCGUUUCAAGCCAUCGCUUUUUCAGCACAUUGGCCUCUACUCCUCCUUCCAAGGCACAGCAAACAAACUGAAAGAUGAAGAUUUUGAAGAAGACCCUGCUAUGUUUCCUGACAAUCCCCCUGCAGACAUGAUAACUGAUAUUGUCAGUUUUGAGAAUUACAUGCCCAGUAAGGCCUACAGCAAUGCAGAGGACUACUUCUGGGGCAAGGCUCCCUCAGCUGGAAACUCAUUCACCAUUGUAUUCAAGCAACCUGCACGCAUCUUCCAUAUCCAGAUCCAAACAGGGUCUGAAAAGCACCACAAAGACUAUCUCCAUGCAGGGCUUGUGGAAUUAGGUACCUAUAAGAAAAGAGAUGGUAAAGGUUGUAACAUGUACACUUCCAUUGGACUUUUUGAGAAGGGAAACUUUAACAGACAUGGCCUGGAGAACAGCACAUCCUCUGCCCCUGAGUGUGUACGCAUUGUGGUGACUCGGGAUCAGAGUGAAUGGCUGGUCAUAAGCAGCAUAAGCAUCUGGACAAAGCCCAGUCCCUGAAUGAACCCUGCCCUGCAUCCAGGCUUUUCACAAACUUGGCUCGUGGGUAAAGUGUUCUCUAGGUACAAGGAUCCAUUCGUGGGAGGAAUGAAAGGAGAUUCUGCACUCUGUCACACUGAGUGGUUAUGAAACAUACAAGGCAAAUGCUUUUGAUCCCUGUGUGAUCCUAGAGCACAGGAUGCUCCUGGUCAUGUUCUCCAACCAUUCUGGCAACUUGCUGUGCCUUAACUUACACCUCUCAGGGAAGACCCGUGGCUAAAGUCCUCUCUGUCUUAGGAAAGGACAGGGCUGGGUUACAUUCACGUUCAUGCUCCUGCUCCUCUUUCUAGUACCAUGUAUACAAGUAAGGCUGGAGAAAUAAUAGUAAGUUUGGAAGCUGGACUGGAAUAGCAGGCCCAACUUGUAUCUCAGAACCAUCUCCCAGGGCUCCCUUGGGCCUUGUACCAUUCAUAGCAAAUAGUCCUAGAAGACAGCAGAGUGACCACUUUCAGAAAUUAUGUAUGGAGGCAGGACAUGAUCCCUUAAACCCCUUGGCUCUAGCAAUUGGGAUCAUGUCCACCACUGCUAUGUGUUUCAGCUGCUGGAAUCUGAAGUGCAGGAUAGUGACUGAUUUUCACUAAGUGAAAUCAAACUGUUCACAGAAAUAGAAUGGGAUACAUUUUUAUGAAUAAUCCUCUGUCUAGCUUUCACCAAAUCCAUCAGGGGUGUGUGUCAGUUUCUUGCACUUUUAGUCUAACUAUCAGACUGACAAGGUAUGGAUUUUUAUCUUGAGGAAAUUAAACCAGAGCACACAUUAAUGAAUCUUUCUUAAUUGGAUGUAUAAGUUUAAUUAUGAAUAAUCAAACAAAUUAGACACAGUUGAUUGUAAUUAGAAUGAACUUCAGUAGCUUCCAGAUGAUCUACCUGUUGGCUGUUAGUUCAUAAAACAAAUACAAGUGAAGGAGCCAGAAAAUCAGGGCCUUGUAACAGAAGCUUCUUUCCUAGCCAGCUUCACAGCAAGGAACUCAUGAGGAAUUUAAUGUUCCUCUAAUAUAGGGCCUUCUUACAACAGACCCAGAGACCAUUUCCUUAAGUCAUUUCAAUCUCUACUGUUUAUUUAGCUGUUCCAGUUCCUCAGAAUAGAAUCUGUGUAAAUGUGAGGUCAGAUGUCUAGUAGGUUUCUCGCAAGGGCUCCAGAAUUCUUAAGAAUAGGGUCUGCAUCCACCCUCUCGUAAACCAGGGUUGUUUACAAAUGAAAUAAACUUCUGUUGAAGAUUUUUACUUCAACUAGGCUGUUCAGAGUGUGUGCUGAUGUUGGCAAGCUUUUUUGAAAUUUUUUUAAUAAUACAUAAUCAUACAGAAACACCAAAAUCCCCAUAAGGCAAAUGAAAAACAAAAUAAGAAAUUAAGAAAAAGGGAAAAUUGUGUUUAAAAUUAUUUCUAUACAUUUUGUUUUACAGCUUCCACAAGAUCAUUCAAUAGCUCUACCAUUUAUACCGGCAUUGUUUGUUAAAUCACACCUUUCCAUACAUUCCUAGUAUUGAGUGGAAGAUGGAGAGUUGUUGAAUGUUGACUUGCAUAUGAUAUACAUUCCAAGCAACAGAAAAAACAUCCACGGUCACUUAAUUUUUUGCUAAUCUAAUCUGAUUAGUUGAUUUUUCCAUCCGAACUAUAUUCCAGAAACACUCAUGCCACACAUUAAUUGUAAUUUUUGAUGUGGAUUUCCAGUGUUGCAAUAUGAUGGAUCUCAUUACUAUUUUAAAAAUUAUUAAUGAUUUAUAUGUCAUUUCAUAUUUUUCCCAUGAUUAAAUUUAACAAAACUACUUUGGAAUCAGGUAUUACAUUUCAAAAUUGUAUUAGUUCCAUCUUAUAUCAACUUCCAAAAAAGUUUUUUUGCAACUUCACCAUACAUAAAAGGAUGUAGCUAUAUUGCUAUGGCACCUGAACUUGGACGUUGGCAUUCCUCUAGUAUUCUAGGAAAGAUGGUCAAACUUCUAGAUUAAGCUAGCUUCUGUUCUACCCAUGUGUUUUAAUCAAGAGCCUUAUGGCUACGUGGUAGUAAAAAAAAUUAAAUCAAUAAAACAUUACACCAGAACUUUCCAAUUCUUUCACCAGAUAGGUCAUCUUACUAAAUCAUCUACUUAGCUAUUGUUCAAUAUUCAGACUUGAAUCUAUUGAUUCUAAUUUGUGCGGGGUGGGAUGUCAUUGUACCAUUAAUUUCAGAAAAUCCCUUUUCCAUAAAAGAGCAUGCUUCCGAGUACCAUAUACCGGAGCAGAUAUUGCUAUGAACAUGAGGUAUGUGUCUGUGUAAUUGAGAAAGGCAGCCUCUUGCUCUUUGGAAAACAAAAACACUUUGAUUUAACCAUGCAUGGAUAAUCUUUGGAAUUUCUGUACUUCUACAUAAUCCACUCAAGUUUGGCAUUUUCCAUCUCCUAAAUGAAACCUACAUAUACAUUAAGCUAGAAAGCAUGCUUGUGUCUUUUAUAUUACGCCACUGUGAUCUGAUUUAGUAUAGUGACUAAAAGUGUGAACUGUGAGGCUGGAAGUCUCUAAUUCAAAUCUUGGCAUAGCAACCAUCUGUGAUACAGGGCCAGUCACCUGUCUUACAAGGUCACUGCAGUGAUUACUGAAAAGGAAUGUUUGUGUAGUACUACUUUUUUGUUAUCUAUACUGUUUUUCCUUGAAUGAACCUUUUCUUGUUUAAUAAUAUUUUGAUAGUUGCGUCAGGUAUUCAAAAACCCUGAAGCCAA